AAAGCUACAAGUCUUCAAUAAUCCCAUCUACAGAAAUCUUUUUUGUAAUCUUGGUCUUUCAGGAACAUUUACAUCUUGAUCUUUUCUCACUUUAUUAGACAUGGGUCUUAUGCGUUUGCCUUCUUCGUUGGUUUCCAGUGUAAAAAGGUUUACCAGAUUGAACUCCAUUCGCAACAGCAAUUAUCAAAGGGAUGUGCCGAAAGGUCACCUAGCAGUGUAUGUUGGAGAAAAUCAGAAGAAACGGUUUGUUGUCCCAGUAUCGUACUUGGAACAACCGUUGUUCCAGGACUUGUUGCGUCAAUCAGAGGAAGAAUUUGGGUUUGAUCAUCCAAUGGGAGGCCUAACCAUUUCAUGUGAAGAAGAUCAAUUUUUUGAGCUCACAGCCCAAUUGUAAUGUUCAUGAUAUAUUUUAGAGCAACAGUUAGUUACAUUUGUUUAGGUCUUUUGAGGUGUAUACAUAGCGUCAAGUACAGAAAUGUGUGAUUGGUUGAGACUUGAGAGAAAUCUUCAAAAUAAUCAAUAUAUACGAGCGUGUCCUUCUCA